AUGAUCGGUGCUAGGUCUCUGUACGUUCUAAUCUACAAACUAUUUUUUAAACAGUAUGCGUUCGAUCCAGUGAUUAUAGAGCUCGAGGAAAAGGAGAACAAAGAGAAAUGUAAUUCUUUAGACGAAGUCCUGGGCACCCUUAGCAUGACCAGUUUGAUGUAUUCUUUGUAUUGUCAUCAUAAAUAUCACGUCCUCGGUGCUUUUGUUAUAACAAAUUUGACGGUUCUCGAUAUAAUGAAAUUAUGGAAGACGACAACGACAGAAUCACAAGUAUUAGAAAUUGAUACUUCAGAGAUUUAUUAUACUUCUAUGGAAGCAAUGAUGUAUAUGUCUAAAAGUGCUAUAUUCAUGGGGGUGCUUAUUAGUGGAUACUUUGCAUAUUCAGUAGGUAACAACUAUGCACUAGUGGCUAAUUAUCCUUACCUGCUGACCACUUGGGCGCUAACUCCAGAAGGAUUCUAUCAAGGAUGGACGAUACAACGAACGAUUAACGAUUACAUGAUGAUGGCUUAUGUCAUUUGUAUGACAGAAGCACUCCGACAAACACCUAGACCGUGA